AGUAGGAUCUUUAUAAAAAUAUAUUGCAAGCUCUAAUUUUACCGACGAUUCGAAGGAUAUAAACGACUCCUCGAGCUCUAAACUCAGCACGCAACAAUGGCUUCUCUUCUAGCUUUGCUUUCUUUCUUCUUGAUUGGCUCCAUCGUCGUCCAGGCUGCAGUGUAUCCUUACGUGAUUCCCAACGCGGUCUUUGGCUUCACGGACUCUCUCUCGGACACGGGCAAUCUCAAGCUCGCCUUGCCUGGCGCUGUUGAUGCCGACUAUCCACCUUAUGGCAUGACCAUCGGCGAGGUCACUGGCCGCUUCUCCGACGGCUACCUCAUCAUCGACUUCUUGAACACGCGCUUCACGGGCGUGAUGGAGAAGCCGAGCCUGGCCAGGGACCCCAGCGACACGACCUAUGCCAGCCUCGGCUUUGGUUCUGCUGGAGCCACCGUUCUCCCCCAGCCGUAUCCCAACAUGAAUCCUGAUAUCCUUCCAGCUCAAGUCGCGCAGUUCCUCGGCUACCAGCAGCAGGUCGUCAGCUCCAACGCCACCGCCGCCCGCCUCUUCAGCAACGCGCUCUACUACAUCGAGAUCGGUGGCAACGACAUCAACUUCGCUCUCGUCCCUGGGAACCUGUCGUACGAAAGCAUCGUCCAGAACGUCAUCCCCAGAGUCGUCCAGAGCUUGAAGGAUUCCAUCGCCAACCUCCAUGUCAAUGGCUCUGCUGUCCACUUCCUCAUCUUCAACAUGCCUGCUGCUGGCUGCACCCCGAUCUAUCUCGCCAGGGGCAAGUACUCCGCCAAAGACGAGCUGGGAUGCGUCAUUGAUGCGAACAGCCUUGUCCAGGCCUUCAACGAGAAGAUCAGGGAGACCGUGGAUGCCCUGCGCUGCGAGUACCCCUCUGCCAACUUCAUGUACUUCGACUUCUACGAGGCCAGCGUCGACUUCUUGAGGAACUCGUACGAGCUGGGAUUUGUGAACGUCGAUAGUGCCUGCUGCGGUGGUGGAGGCGACUACAACUGCAAAGCUGGACUGGUUGGCUGUGGCUGCGAUAGAACCGUGACGCCUUGCAGCGAUCCCAACAAGUAUAUGAGCUGGGACGGAAUUCACUACACCCAGCAUUUCUACGGGGUCAUGGCUGACAACAUCUUGAGGAGGCAGUACAUCGACCCCCCUACUCCACUGCUUCAAAACGUGCCAUCAACUUGCUCCACCUACUAAUCCCAAGUUCUUAUAUGCACUGCUUCAAGA